UUCCAUUUGCACACAGAGAGAAAACACAACACACAUACACCAAGGCAAAUUCUAGAGCAAGAGCGAGAGAAAUAGAAAGACAAAAAUGGGUAAGUGGGCAAUAGCAGUGCAUGGAGGCGCUGGCGUGGAUCCACAUCUUCCACAACAGCGUCAAGAGGAGGCCAAACAACUCCUUGCUCGCUGCCUCAAUCUCGGCAUCUCCGCUCUUCGCUCCAACCUGCCUGCCAUCGAUGUCGUUGAACUUGUUGUGCGAGAACUAGAAAGCGAUCCUCUUUUUAAUUCUGGCCGUGGGUCUGCUCUAACCGAGAAGGGAACGGUGGAGAUGGAAGCCAGCAUUAUGGAUGGGCCGAGAAGAAGAUGCGGUGCGGUAUCAGGUUUAACCACCGUUAAAAACCCCAUCUCCCUUGCGCGGCUUGUAAUGGAUAGAUCUCCUCAUUCCUAUCUUGCCUUCUCUGGAGCAGAAGAAUUUGCCAGACAACAGGGUGUAGAGUUGGUGCAAAAUGACUACUUUAUCACCGAUGAAAACGUGGGAAUGCUGAAGUUGGCAAAGGAAGCUAACUCCAUCUUGUUUGAUUACAGAAUCCCACUGGAGAGCUGCAGCGCCGGGGCCGCUGCGGCCAUGGACGUUCCCUUGCAAAUGAACGGUCUUCCAAUCAGCGUAUAUGCGCCGGAGACAGUAGGUUGUGUGGUGGUUGAUAAAGAAGGACGAUGCGCUGCAGCCACGUCAACAGGGGGAUUAAUGAACAAAAAAAGCGGUCGAAUUGGUGACUCGCCAUUGAUUGGGUCUGGAACUUACGCGUGUAACCUCUGUGGAAUUUCAUGCACAGGAGAAGGCGAAGCCAUUAUCCGUUCGACGCUGGCCCGUGAUGUGGCGGCCGUGAUGGAGUAUAAGGGAUUGGGAUUACAAAAGGCUGUGGAUUUUGUUAUAAAUGAACGGUUAGAUGAAGGGAAAGCAGGGUUAAUCGCGGUGUCCAGUAAAGGAGAGGUGGCUUGUAGGUCUAACGCUAAUGGUAUGUUUAGGGGAUGCGCCACUGAAGAUGGAUUCAUGGAGGUUGGCAUUUGGAAUUAGACUUUUAUUUAUAUAUUUUAAAGUUUUUUUAGGUUUUUUUCACGCUUUGGUGAUGUGGCAUAUAAAGUUUGUUACUCUCUGUGCUCUGUUUUAGAGAAAGCAGAAUGAAAAUUACAUGCAGUCGUUAGAAGAAAGAGCACUCUCUAUCCAAAAUCCAAUUUCAUGUCUAAAUAACUUUCCAGUUUCUACCAUAAAAAUACCUCGUCAUUUCCCAUUUCAAAAAAAAAAAAAAAAAAAAAAAAAA